AUGGGUGAGUACCGAGACCUCGAGAUUGCCAUCAUUGGAGCUGGGAUGGGUGGCCUUACAGCCGCCCUGAGCUUUGCCCGCCGGGGCUUCAAGAAAGUUGAUGUGUACGAAAACGCGCCUGCCCUGGGUUUCGUCGGCGCGGGUAUCCAGAUUGCACCGAACCUGAUCCGUGUCUUGGAUAGUCUUGGUAUUUGGAAGGGCUCGGCUCUGGAGGUUGAACCUACAAGAGUCAGCGAGGUAUUUGUUUACGACGGUGCGUCCAAUGUUGAGCUGGCACACGUGCCCAUGACCGACAUGUAUACAAAGUACGGGUAUUCGCACUAUGCCGGCCAUCGAGCUUCCCUCGCCGGCGUCAUUUACGAUGCAGCCAAAACAGAACCGAGCGUUCACUUUCAUUUUGGAACGACGUUGGUGGGAGUUAGCUCAUUCGGCCCCGGCAAGGUUACCUUCACCGUGGAGGAAAACGACAAAACCAAGCGAAGCAUCGAGACAGAUGUACUGAUUGGAGCAGACGGCAUUAAGUCUGUCGUCCGGGAUUCCAUGUUGUCUAGCCUCGGCUUAGUUGCCGAGAUCGAAGAGACUGGCACCGCUGCUUAUCGCCUUUUGCUUCAACGCGAGCAAAUGGAACCUUAUCCAGAGUUGCUGAAGCUGAUUGACAGUAAUGCUGUGAGACGAUGGAUAGGUGAGAAACGUCAUCUUAUCGCUUAUCCCAUCAGCAACCACACCAUCUUCAACAUCGCCACUGCGCAGCCGGAUGUUAACUUUGCUGGGCUGACGAAUGCCACUUGGACGAAUAAAGGCGACAAGUCAGCUAUGAUGUCCGUGUUUGCGGAGUUCUGUCCUCUUGUGCGGCAGAUGCUCGACCUUGUUCCCGACGGUGAUGUGGUGGAGUGGAGACUCAGAGCACACAAACCUCUGCCCACUUGGACCAAGGGAAACGUGGCACUUCUCGGCGAUGCGUGUCACCCUACCCUACCACAUCUUUCUCAGGGGGCUGCUAUGGCUAUCGAAGACGCCGCAUCUCUGGCUGAGGCCCUGGCCAUGGUCCCGGGCGGUGGCGCAGAUAGAGCAGCCGUAGCGAAGUCUCUCAAGGUAUAUGAACUCCUCCGCAAACCUCGAACAACCGAACUGGUGCGCCUGGCUUCCGCAUCUGCUCGUACGCUUCAUUUAGGUGCCGGCCAAGAGAGGGAGGAAAGAGAUAGGCAAUUUGAAGCGGCGCGCUCCAAUGGAGCUCCGCUCCCUGACAAAUGGGCAAGCCCAGAAGUCCAGAAGAUGAUUUUCGACCACAACUGUAUCGAAGAUACAAAGGUGCGAUUUCCUACUGUAUUUGCUACUCAGACUAUCUCUACAGCACCAAAGUCUAGUUUGUAA